AUGCAAGGUAGGGCUGAGUCUACUCAAGGGACUGAGGAGAACCCUAUGUUGGCAAAACAAGUCUCGGAAGCAGCUAGACCAAAGGCCAAUGCCAUUCUUGAGGCUGUAGGCAAAGCCAUGCCCAUCGAGAAGGUAUUGGAUGGCCUUAUGAAACCUCUCUAUGGUCGCCUUAUCGGUACCGAGCUGGAUGAUGUCCGAGAGGGAGCAUGGUCUAGUCAGCAUGCUGGUGGUGUUGGUGGGGCUAGGUUUGCCCGUCGAGUUCGGACCUCUAUGUUGCAACUAACUACUGGUAUCCUAGCAUCUCACUCUCCUAUACAGCAAUGUCAGCGUAUACUCACACGUGCAGUUAGUGUGCUAGAGGAUAAGUGUAGCUUCGAGGAGGUAGAUCUCUUCUCCGCCAGUGCUGCUAUCAUAGACCCUGCUACCUCUGGAGAAGGGGCUAGCAAUAAUACUAGGAAAAGCAGGAAAGAGGAGGCUGUCACUGUCCUACCGGGUGCAGCCACUGGACGGGGUGCCUGGGUAGCUGAGGAAUGGAAGAAGGGCAGUGGUGCAUCCACACGACGUUAUGAUAAUACUAUACGGGGGAGUGCAGCAGCUGAAGUGGGUCUCAAGCUUUUAGAAGGUCUCUUAAAGAAGGGUAGUUCCUCAACAGCUAGCUUGCUGAGUGAUGAGGAGACCCUAAGGGGUAUACUAUCACCAAUAGCCUACUUCAUAACCGUUAGCAAGGUGGAUGAUGUCUUUGUACCAGCGGCUAGAUCCCUGAGUCGUCUCAUAUCCAGCAUGAAGUACACCUCUGUAAAGGGCGGGCCUCUUGCAUCAUCAUCAUCAUCAUCAUCAUCUAGCACUAGUGGUAACAACCCUCUACUAGACGUUCUCAGUGCUAAGGAGACGUUGGGCAUCGUGAGGAGUGUGUUGAAGAUGGUGCAGUUCUAUAGUGCUGGUGCCUCCCUCUCUAAGGAUCUAACU